AUGAAUAGAGAGGGAGAGAAUAAGGGCAAUACUAUUAUAGCAGAAGAAGAAAUUAUAAGCAUGGAUAAGUUAAAAGCAAUGCCAGACUGUACAUUUGAGUUGUAUGAGUAUAUAAAAGGGAACUUAUUUAAUACUAAAAUAGUUAGUAUAAUUCAAGAUCUUAAUAACUAUUCAAUUGUAAAGUUUAUUGAGUAUUCAAAUGAUAAGAAUAGAUCUAUAAGAAACGUAGUAACUAAUGUUUUAUUGGAUAAAAUAGAUAAAACUGAGGAUGAGGAUGAUGUUAGGUUAAUAAUUGAGAAUGUUUUAUUUCCAAGAUUGUAUGAUGUUGAUAGUGGAAUUAGAUUGUAUUGUUUAAAACAGAUUAUUAACUUAAUAAUUAAGAAAAAAUCUAACAACGGUAUUUUUAAUUUAAUAGUGAAUAAUGUAACACUCAUUACUAAUCUUAUGAAUGAUAAGGGAGAGUUGAUUAGAAAAAGAUCAUUAAAGAUUCUAAAAAUGUUAUAUGAUAAAAAUAAGAAUAUACAAAUUCCAAAUAUUGAUAAACUAUUGAAAGAUAAAAACAUUCAAAUUAGAACUGAAAGUCUUAAAUUGUAUAUGUGUUUAUUUUUAGAUGGAAAGAUUAGUGAAAUUGAUUUAUUUCACAUUUUAAAAGAAGAUAAUUUUAAUCUCAAUAGUAAGGUUUGUAAGGAUGUUUUUAAGAAACUAAAUAUUGAUGUUAAUAUUGAUGAUUUACAUAGACUUUCUAAAAAUACUUCUAAUACUUUUAUAUCUAAGAUAAUCAAUUAUAACACUUUAUUAAAACUUUUUAAUGAAUACAUUAAAGAAUCUAGUAAUUGUUGUUCUAAUAGUUAUUUUUGUUUAUUUGAUGUUAUAAUAACUAACUUUAAUAUAACUAAUAUAUCUAUAAUGGGUGAUUUAUUAGAAACAUGUAAAGAUAAUGUAAAUAAUGUAAUAAAACUAGUAGAUAUUCUAUAUAAAAUUGAUAAUUAUUUAGAAAUACCCAAUAAUCUUUUAAAUAGAUUAAACACACUAAUAUUAAAUCAUAUAAAAAGUAAAACUUUAUUAGAAAAGUAUUUAAUGUUACUAAGUAGGAUUAUUAAUGAUUUUGAUAUUAAAAAGUAUCUAAUAAGUCUAUUAAAUAUCAAUAAAGAAUAUAUCAACAUAAUAGUUAAGUAUAUUAAUAAACAAGAGUUUAUUAGUGAAAACAUUAAUUAUUUAAGUAAUACAGGUAAGUGUUAUUAUAUUUUAUGGUUAUUAAAAGAUAAAGAAUAUGAAAAGAUUCAAUCAGUAUUAAAUUUAGAGAUAAAAUUAAAAAAAGAUGAAAUUAACAUUUUGAUAGAUUUUAUAGGAUAUUUUUAUGAUAAAAUCAAAUUAUUAAAUGGAAACACUGUUAACAUUAUGAAUGAAGAAAAUAAUUUAAAUAAUUUAAAUUCUAUAUUAAAAUAUGUUACAUUUAAAUUAAUAGAAAAGAUAAGAAAUGUAAAUGUAGAUGAAUAUUUUAUAGAUGAGAUAAAUUGUUUAUAUUUAGCAAAAUUAAUAAAGAUUGGCAUAUUUACUAGUGAAUGUGAAAGAUUAUUUAAGUAUAUUAAAAUUGAUAAAUUAAUUAUACUUUUUAAAAGUAUAAAUAUGACAGAAGAAUUAUUUAAAGGUUUUAUUAACUGCUUAUUAAAUAAUAAAACUAUGAAAGUUAACGAUAUAAAAUUACUAUCAAGAUUAAUUUCAAAAGAAACUAACAAAUUAAGUAAUAAAACAUUCGUAUUUAAUACAAUUAAAAAUAAUAUCAAUCAAGUAGAUUUAAUAGAUAAUUGUUAUAUUUAUUUCAUUAAUAACUUAACUUUAAAUGAGUGUAUUGUAUUAGAAAAUUUACUAUCAAAAUGUAAAUUUAAAGAAACUUUAUUAAAGAAAAUAACUAAAAAUUCUAAUUUAACUAACAACAACAUCACGUUUAUCUAA